UCUCAUGCAUCGGCCGAUCCUUUGCUCGAUUGUUUGUUUAUUUCCAUCCACAAACAAGUCAAUUUUUGCAUCAAUCUGGUUUAUUGCCAUCAAAUCGAAACUAAAUAAUUGGGCAUUCCCUAGUUUUUAAUUAGAAAAUGUAGAACAAUCUAAGGUGGCACUUCAUGGUUUCAAAACCAACAUCGCGAAAUCUAGGCGUAUUUCACAUUCUCUGUAGCAUGUUGAACCGUAUUUCCUAGGCCAUGUCCAGCUUCGAGUUCCUCCCUUUUGAGAUUUGUUGUAUGAUAUUCGACUACCUGAGCGUAUCAGAUCUGAAAAAUGCUUCCCUCACCUGUCGACGCUGGUGUCACAUCAUCUUUUCCGAUUACUACAUCCGGCGGUUCAUGUUGCGAAUCAAUCUGCACCGAUCCGAUCAAACACGGAUGGUCAAGUCGAUGGGCUCUCCGCUAUUAUCGGAAAGAUCUCGGGUCAGCGUUCCUAGUUCAUUUCCCUGUUCGCUGUAUCAGCGCUGUCGAACUGGGAAAGGAAAAUCCAAGUGUGAACUUCGCCAUAUGUCGAUGGUCCUUAGGCGAUCCUGUCGUCACUACAAUAACAUUACUUUUGUCUGCGACAACCGCAGCGAGUUCACCGACAACGUGUUCAAUGUUAUCCUGAAUUUGCUCAGACCCAGCGGAUUAGAGCGCGUUGAAAUACUGAAAAUCAUUCUUUCGUCAAAUUUGAACGUUCUCGUUACGAUACUCAACAGUGCAAUUAGAAACAUGGCACGCUUACGUAGUUUCCACUUGAUCUACGAUCCUCAACGGAGACUACAGUGCGGAGAUCAGGUACGACCCUGUGUAGUGAUCGAAAGUCAAACUAUUACUCACAUAGAACUGAAAUCUGUGAUUCCGGAGCAGAUGCGUCUACCGAAAUUGAACUCUCUGGACGUUAGUCUACAACCAGGAAUCGCCGGAAUCAUCGAAAGCGUAGCACGCAAUCUCACAACGCUACAGCUUCAACUCGACUGCACUUCGGCGAACUGCGGUGAAGAGGAAAUUUACGCCCUGAGCCUGAAUCAACUGAAAACCCUUAAACUUAGUCGCGGUAUUAUGAAUGAGUUCAGCUUUCCUAUCCCUGUUAGCUCCAAUCGGCCCGGUCUGAAGCUCCGCUUCUUUCGGCAUCUGGACAAGUUGGAAAAACUUAUACUGGAGGAAAAAUACACCGCAGAGAACAUAUUCCUGGCAAUCUGUGAAACUUCGCGCAAUCUAGUUGAGCUCAAAAUAGAUCACCUUAAGGUUGUAAACUGCACCGUACUCGAUAAGCUAUCCCUCUUACAGAACCUGAAAAUUCUCUCACUUCCAAAUAUCUACUCUUCGCACGAAAUCUCUUUCCACUACGUCUACCUUCCGAAGCUGGAGAGUCUCCAUCUGGAGGUUUUCAAGGACUCGUCCUACUCGUUUAGCAAGUUUGUAAAUCUGAAACGCCUUACAGUUGGAUCGUACUCGUCGCAAGCUCCAGAGGUGAUCGACAUCAUCUCAAUGCACAUUCAGCGGCUGCACGAGCUACGGUUGUACUUCUUGGACUACGCCGGAGUGCCAUCGAGAACAUUCCGCAAGCUGACCUAUUUAGGCCAACUGAGGAAACUGGAGCUCAUCAAGGGUCACCUAAGGCGAGACGUAUUCGGGCGGUGUCCACCGGGGCUGAGUGCCCUCGAGACGAUCGUGUUCAGCUUCUGCCAGCUGGACACGGAACAUUUUGACGGACUGAGGGAAAAGUUUCCGAAACUGAAGGACGUUCGGUUUGUGGACUGUCUGGUACGGGGACAGCUUCCGUACUCGGAGGUGAGGCUGAGCUACCGCUGAAGUAAGCGAUGGUAUAGGCUAUCAAAGGCGAUGUGACUUCAAAGGGUUGGGAUGGGAAGGAUUUUAAAUAUUUUAUCGUUAAUAAAGAUAUUGUUGAUGCAAUUCGUUCA